AAGGUUUUUUCGUUGGCAGGGCUUCUUUCUCGGGAAUGUUGUGAGACAUUUCUGCUUAGAGGAUCUCUCAGACCCAAUUCGAGCAUGGUCCCUUGCCGAUCUCGACUUUUCUCUUUGUGGUUUCUGAGACAAGAGCCAAUCGAUGAUGAUCGAGGUUCUCUUAGUGCCGAUUUCUUGGAGAGAGGAUUUCGAUUGAUCGUCCGCUCAUUCGCCGACAUCUUUGCUUGUUUUUCUGAGACAUUUGGGCUUGGCAGGGAAUGCGCAUGCACAUGGGCAACUCUGCGCUCUAGCAGAGUUCCUAUUGCCAUACGAGGUUCACAAUGGGUAAAUUCGCACUAUCGCGACUACUUCGAUGCUAAUCUGCCAGGCUUACCGCGCGAUUUCUGUGUCGAGGCACAAGAAGUCAAGAUAAUUUCGAGACUGGCAAAAGCCAAUGUGAGGUCUCUCAUGGAACAUCGGGUGCCUUCCUUAUCUCACUAUACUCAGAUGUUUCCUCCCCUCCUCUCAGCGCGGGACCGGGAGCUCGUCCCGAGCGUCCCGAGGCUAACUUCUCCCUUGCCUUUGUAUUUAGACUAAACUGG